AUGUUCAUCAUACUACAGAACAAUCAAUCAGUCAUCACAGAAUUUAUUCUCCUGGGAUUUGGGAAUCUUUAUGGUCUACAAAUCCUUUUCUUUAUGAUACUCUUGGCUAUCUAUAUGCUAACUCUAUCUGGAAACAUCCUCAUACUAAUUACUGUAGCAGCCACCCGGACCCUUCACACACCCAUGUAUUUCUUCCUGGGCAAUUUCUCCUUCCUGGAGAUCUGGUACACAACUUCCAUUGUACCUAAGAUGCUGAGGACAUUCCUUACAGUACACGAAGCCAUCUCUUUAUCUGGAUGCAUUGCCCAAUUUUAUUUCUUUGGCUCCAUGGCAGUCACUGAAUGCUGCCUCUUAGCAGUGAUGUCUUAUGACCGAUAUUUAGCCAUCUGCAAUCCUCUUCGCUACACAUCUAUCAUGAAUGUCAAAGUUUGCUUUCAGAUGGCAGCCGGCUCUUGGAUAAGUGGAUUCCUGCUUUCCAUUCCACCCAUUGUGUUGAUUUUCAGGUUACCAUUUUAUGUCUCCAAUGAAAUAGAUCAUUUCUUCUGUGAUUUUGCCCCCGUUCUUAAGCUCUCCUGUGCUGACCCCCAUGUGGCCGAGGUUACCACAUUCACUUUAGCAGGAAUGGUGACAAUAGUCCCCUUUUUUCUCACAAUAGCUUCAUAUGCCAAAAUUAUUUCCACAAUACUUAGAAUUCCAUCUGCUAAGGGGAAGCAAAAGGCUUUCUCCACAUGUUCCUCUCACCUCAUUGUGGUGACACUUUUCUAUGGCACUCUAGGUACUGUUUAUGCAGCCCCCUCAGCCAAACAGUCUCCAGUGCUCAAUAAACUUUUAUCCUUGCUGUAUACUGUGAUCACCCCCAUGAUCAACCCUGUGAUCUAUAGUCUGAGAAACAAAGAAGUCAAAGAUGCCCUGAGGAAAAUAAUCUGUAAAAAUCCUGGUUAG